AUGUUUAAUGGCUUAAAACAGCGCCCUGAUAUAUACCCCCACUUUUACGCGGAUGCCAACCGCAUUCACUGGCGUGAAGCAGGACAAAAUAUACAUUUCUUUCGGUUUCCUAUUUCUAACAACGAGUUGAUUCAAAAAUGGAUUAGUGCAAUAAAAAGAAAAAAUUUUGAGGCAAAUCAAUGGAGUCGGAUAUGUAGUGUUCAUUUUACAGAACAAGACUAUCAAGUUAGACCUGGGGCACAUAGACUAUUAUUAAAAGACAAUGCAGUUCCAUCAGUAUUCCCAUCAUUUCCAUCCUACCUUCAAACACCAAUUGCAAUUCCUAGGAAACCACCUACAUUAAAGAACUGUUGUGAUAAAGAUCUAACUGUAAAUCAAUUAGAAGACAAUGUUAAUGAAUGUGACGACAUGUAUCGAGUUAGUAAUUUUAAGAGCGUGAAAGUACAAACUGACACCUAUUAUCCAAAUGAAAAAAUUCUUAAAAAUAAAAUUAAAAUAUUACAGCAAAAACUAAGAAGGAAAAAUAAAAAAAUUGAAAAUUUAGAAGACUUAUUAAGUAAUUUAUAAAACAGAGGACUUCUUGAAGAUGAACCACAGACUAUUAUUGCUUCUAAU